UAGUAACUAGGACUUUAGGUAGUUUAGGAGUAGUACAAUAAUGAACUUCCCCAAUAUUUCUAACUGCCUUUCAUCACUCAUCUCCUUUUCUCUUCUCUGUUUUCUCUCUCCUCCUACUCCUCCAUCAAUCCACUAAAGAUAUUUGAUUUAUGAUAAUCCAGUAAUAAAAUGGAUGAUAAUCCGAAUUAUCGGCCAUGGGACGAACUAAUGCCAGAUACACUCGGUUUAAUAUUUCAAAGGCUUCCACUUGAUGAGAUACUUAAUGUAGUCCCAAGUGUAUGCAAAUCAUGGGCAGUGGCGGUCCAAGGACCGUAUUGUUGGCAGGAGAUCGAUAUCGAGGAAUGGAGUCGAUAUCGUAGGCCUGAGAGCCUUGAUCGGAUGCUUUUAUUGCUGAUAGGAAGGAGCUGUGGUUCGCUGCGAAAGCUGUGUGUUUAUGGCUUAGCAACCGAAACGAGUUUAUCCUUGGUAGCUGACCACGCCCAGUCCCUUGAGAAUCUGCGGCUUCUAAGAAGUGAAAUAAGUGACUCGAUGGUGGAACAAGUUGCUGCUCGGUUUUGUAGGCUGAGUUCCUUAGAUUUGAGUUAUUGCACCAAAAUAGGAGCUCCAGCUCUCAAGGCCCUUGGGAAGCACUGCAAACUACUCACAUCUUUGCAGAGAAACAUGCAUCCCUGGGAUGUAGCUGAAAGGACAUCUCAAGAUGAUGAAGCAUAUGCUAUAUCUACUACAAUGCCACAACUCAAGCACCUUGAAUUGGCCUACUUGAAUAUUACAACAGACGGCGCUUUCAGGAUCCUUAACGCCUGCCGUGAGCUUAAACUGUUGGAUAUCCGAGGUUGUUGGAAUGUGAAACUUGACGAUAAGUUCCUUAAGGAUCGCUCGGGAUUGGAGGUCGUAGGACCUCUUGUUGUGGAUUGUGGCGUCAAGGUGAAGGAGCGUUUUAAUUACUACCCUAGUUCUUCUAGCUGCUGGGCGUGGGGUUUCGGGGACAUGGAUGAGUAUGAUGAUGAUGAUGAUGAUAAUGAUGAUGAUGAUGGUGAUGGUGAUGCAUGUGCGAUGUCUGGUGUUCUCUGGGAUGACAUGAAUGAGAUUGAGGACUUAGGUUUGAUGCUAUACGAGGAUGUGUAUGGCUAUUAUUGAAAUUUUUCGUUUCAUGAAGAUUAAAAACGAAAGGUCUCUUGGCAUGUGGAUUUCCCUAUAUUGUUAUCUAUAUCUACUGGAGAUGUAAUUUUUUUCUUAUAAUUAGUUGGUAGAAUGUGUAUAUUUGACCUAGGCCUCUUAAUGGUGUUCAGAAUGCUGAACUGCUGUAGCUUACGCCUUACCGUAGCUGGUGCUUUUUUAUGGUGUUUUUUUUCCUUGGUAAUGAAGUAUAGUUCUUGGUAACCUAAUUAAUAUA